UACGUGUUACGUCACCGGAAGUCUCAGAUUUUCACGUUCAGUUUUUAAACUAGCUUAGCGUUUCGAAAGUUAGCAUUGUUUUUAACUGGAAACGUAUUUUCUUUAAGAAGGAAUGCCUUCACAAAACGGGAAAGCGGAUGUUAUCUUUGAAGAUGAUGAUCUUCCUUAUGAAGAGGAGAUUAUCAGGAAUCCAUACUCUGUCAAGUGUUGGAUGCGCUACAUUGAAUUUAAACAGAAUGGACCCAAAUCAACUCUCAACAUGAUAUAUGAGAGAGCUCUGAGGGAACUGCCUGGAAGCUAUAAGUUGUGGUACAAUUAUCUGAGAGAGAGAAGGAAGCAAGUUAAAGGAAAAUGUAUAACCGAACCAGUCUAUGAGGAGGUCAAUAAUUGCCACGAAAGGUCUCUGGUGUUCAUGCACAAGAUGCCUAGGAUAUGGAUUGAUUACUGCCAGUUCCUUGUUACUCAGUGUAAGAUCACAAGAAGUCGGCGAACAUUUGAUCGUGCACUGAGAGCUCUACCAGUAACUCAGCAUCCACGAAUCUGGCCUUUGUAUCUUCGCUUUGUCCGCAACUUGCCCCUACCUGAGACAGCAAUUCGGGUCUAUCGGCGAUACCUUAAGCUUUCUCCAGAAAAUGCAGAAGAAUACAUUGAAUACUUGCGGUCAAUUGGCCGUUUGGAUGAGGCAGCUUUGCGACUAGCAGCUAUUGUCAACGAUGAAAGCUUUGUGUCCAAAGAGGGCAAGUCUAAUUAUCAACUGUGGCAUGAGCUAUGUGACCUGAUUUCUCAAAAUCCAGAUAAAGUGACCUCUCUAAAUGUUGGAGCCAUCAUACGAGGAGGCCUUACACGCUUCACAGACCAACUUGGAAAACUUUGGUGCUCUUUAGCUGACUAUUACAUCAGAAGUGGCCACUUUGAGAAAGCACGAGAUGUGUAUGAGGAAGCCAUCCUUACGGUGGUAACUGUAAGGGAUUUCACACAAGUGUUUGAUAGUUAUGCUCAGUUUGAAGAGAGCAUGAUUGCUGCAAAAAUGGAAACCACUGCUGAGAUGGGACAAGAGGAGGAAGAUGACAUAGAUUUGGAGCUUAGACUGGCACGCUUUGAGCAGCUGAUUACUCGUCGUCCUCUGUUGCUGAACAGUGUACUACUGAGGCAAAACCCCCAUAAUGUUCAUGAGUGGCACAAACGCGUAAAACUGUACGAAGGAACUCCACGGCAUAUCAUCAACACAUACACUGAAGCAGUGCAGACCAUAGAUCCAAUGAAGGCCACUGGAAAGCCACAUUCUCUCUGGGUUUCUUUUGCUAAAUUCUAUGAAGAAAAUGAUCAGCUGGAUGAUGCUCGGACAAUCUUUGAGAAGGCUACAAAAGUGAACUACAAGCAAGUGGAUGACCUUGCUGCAGUGUGGUGUGAAUAUGGAGAAAUGGAGCUUCGCCAUGAGAACUAUGAUCAGGCAUUGCGCAUACUGAGGAAAGCUACAGCCAUCCCAUCCAAGAAAGCUGAGUACUUUGAUUCAUCUGAGCCAGUCCAAAACAGGGUAUACAAGUCCUUGAAGGUCUGGUCUAUGCUGGCUGACUUGGAGGAAAGUCUUGGCACUUUCCAGUCUACAAAAGCAGUUUACGACCGUAUUAUUGAUCUACGCAUUGCCACUCCACAAAUCAUCAUCAACUAUGCCAUGUUCCUUGAAGAACACAACUACUUUGAGGAAAGCUUUAAGGCUUAUGAGCGAGGGAUCGCUCUCUUCAAGUGGCCAAAUGUUUAUGACAUUUGGAACACCUACCUGACCAAGUUCAUUGAUCGCUAUGGGGGCAAGAAGUUGGAGAGAGCUCGGGAUUUAUUUGAACAAGCCCUCGAUGGCUGCCCUGCUAAGUUUGCAAAGACCAUUUAUCUGUUGUAUGCCAAACUGGAAGAGGAGUACGGAUUAGCGCGGCAUGCCAUGGCUGUCUAUGAAAGAGCAACACAGGCUGUGGAAACUGAUGAGAGACACCAUAUGUUUAAUAUCUACAUCAAGAGAGCAGCUGAAAUUUAUGGAGUUACAUAUACCAGAGCAAUUUAUCAGAAGGCUAUUGAGGUCCUUCCUGAUGAGCAUGCAAGGGAGAUGUGCCUGCGAUUUGCAGACAUGGAGAGUAAACUUGGUGAGAUUGACAGGGCCAGAGCGAUCUACUCCUACUGCUCUCAGAUCUGUGACCCAAGGGUGACAGCUCAUUUCUGGCAAACCUGGAAAGAAUUUGAGAUCCGCCAUGGAAAUGAGGACACCAUUAGAGAGAUGUUAAGGAUCAAGCGCAGUGUUCAGGCUACCUACAACACCCAGGUCAAUUUUAUGUCCUCUCAAAUGCUGAAAGCUACAACAAGCUCCACAGGCACUGUGUCAGAUCUUGCUCCUGGCCAGAUGGGAAUUGAUGAUAUGAAGAUGUUGGAGCAGAAAGCACAGCAGCUUGCUGCGGAGGCUGAACAAGACAAACCCAAACCUAAAGAAAAGAUUCUGUUUGUCAGGAGUGACACUUCUCGCAGUGAGUUGGCUGAGCUUUCCAAACAGGCCAAUCCCGAUGAAAUAAACCUAGAUGAGGAUGAAGAUGAUGAUGAACAAGGACCAGAGGAGGUGCAGCUUGAGCAGAAGAGUGUCCCCACAGCUGUCUUUGGAGGGCUCACAGAUGACUGAAAGAGAUUUUAUGUGAAUUAGCAGAGACUCAGACUUUUUUUUUAUUACUUCAGUAGAUAAAAAUGUUUAGUUGUA